AUGUCUGACCGGGUGUGGCGGCACAUAUAUGAGCGGCACCUUAUCUGCCCGGUGUGCAUGGACCUUUUGAGCAACCCGCGGGCGUUGCCCUGCAUGCACACGUUCUGCAUGGACUGCCUGCACGAGUACAUCACGCGCGUGUGCCACAAGGGGACAGAGUACGGCUUCGAUUGCCCUGUAUGCCGGGCCUACACACGCCCGUCAUUACGUGGCCUGCAUCCCUACUCCUGGGCCGAGAACUACCCACACAACUUCGUUCUCAGGGGAAUUAUCGACGAUCUGAAGCGAAAGUCAAAUGCCAGCAUUCACGUAGAGACUCUAAACAGUAUCACUGCAGAAGGCGUCGCGCCCAAUAUCGCGUGUUCUGCGCAUGCGGAAAGACCUGUAGAGUUCUUCUGCGAGGACCACGAUAAAUAUAUAUGUAGUAAGUGCGCGGCUUGUUCCCAUAGAAAAUGUGACACUGUACACUGUCUAGAAUCUGGGAGUUCACUUGGUUUGGAUGUCGGCGAGGCCAAGCGAAAUUACAUUGUCUGUAAUAGUGACAUGGAAGGUGAAAACAAUUCAAAACUCUCAAAUGAUUUUGUGGAACAUGUAUCCCUAAAGGUAUCAGAAGUCGCAAUAGACAACCCAGAUGUCCAGAGUCUUGCUAUCGCGUCACACGGCCACAGAUCGUUGGCGAGGCUGAGCUUAGAGGGCGCGUGUGGGACUAUUGCCACGGAGGUACCAGCCUCAUCGAAUAUUGUGAAUGAGUUUGCAAAGGCAAAAUCAGUAUAUUCUGCCAUUGCGGUCAUAGAAAACAGAAGCGAAAAUGAUGGACCAGAUGCAAUAAAUAUGUCAGAUGUAAAACAAGAUGAAGCGAAAAAAUCUCUUAAACGACUGUGUGGUGAAAGGAGUCCGCGGAGCACAGAUGACAUUCCAUCGCCUCGUGCUGCAACAAACGAAACCGCGGGUACUCCCAGGAGCAACCGUUCAGCGUCCCUGGGGAACCUCAACGACAUCCUAGAGGAAGAUGAGGAUAUACCAGUAGCCAGCUACGACGCAAACACGCAGAAAUCCCAACUACAACUCAAAGGUGAAUACUACAUCCGCACGCAGAAAGAUAAGAAGAUCUGCUCCGUGACCGGAGUCGAUGUGUUACCAGAUGGCCGUGUUCUUCUCGCCGAUGAAACAAACUGUAAUGUUAAGCUGUUUGACCAGAACGGUGUUCUUAUUUCGUGGCUCGACUUGCCCUCAGAACCCUGGGACGUCGCAUGUAUCGAGGAAUACGAGGCCGCCGUCACUUGCCCGUACACUAAGACUGUGCACCUCAUGAUAGUGCAUGUUCCCUUGAAUUCACACAAAGUAAUCGAAUUAGACAAACGUUGUUUUGGCAUUGCGUAUUUUAAGAGUGAAUUUUACGUUGCCUUAGAAAAUGAGGUGAGGGUUAUUGACUAUGACGGAAAAACAAUUCACAAAAUAAUUACUGACCCAAGUAAAAGGAAACUGUUUUCACUGUCCAUACAAAGGUCUUUGUUUCGUGCGGCACGGUAUGUUGCUGUGGACACCAAUAACCUAUCAGGCAUACUUCACGUGUCUGACAUGGCAAAAUCAUGUGUGACCACGCUGGACAGGCGGGGUGGGGUCAUGUCUAAGCUGAGGCUCGGGGAGAGCGGCACGCCACUCGGUGUGUCCACGAGGGACCGUGGCCAGCUGUACGUCUGCCAGACGCCGGACAAACUCGUGUCGAUUAACAUUGGGGAGCACGGAAAUCACAUCAAAACGCUCCUGGAGCUCGACAAUGUACAGGGCGUGUCGUAUAAUAGAGCUUUGAAACAGCUCUGGGUGACCAGAAAGGCCAGCAAUUUCGUCAAAGUGUACUCAUUUAAAAGUGAUUUGUGA